AUGGAUGUUACUUCUAAGAAAUGUAAGAAAAGAAGCAAAAGGGCCUCUGCUAAUAGAGUAAGAAAGAGAGUGAAUCGUAGAAUUGACUAUAUUUCUGACAUGCCGGAUCAUGUGCUUCAUCAAGUUCUUUAUCACCUCCAUCCCAAGGAUGCUGCUCGAACGUGCAUCAUGUCUAAGAGAUGGAGGCAAGUAUGGAAUUCAUAUCAUACUGUGGAUAUUGACCUGUGUAGCUUCGACAAGAAUUCUGAUGUAAAUGAUUGGAUUGUUUCUGCUAUUGCGAGGAAUGUUAUAGAACUUGAAGUCCACGCCAAAGCUAGGCAUCGGUCAGGACUACAGUACUUCACUUUGCCUCCGUGUGUCAUGUGUGGAAGUUCCAUUACUGCAUUAAGCUUAUAUGGGUGUCUUAUACCUGCCUAUUCAGUAAAUCUUCCGCAUCUCCAGAAGUUAUCGUUUAAGAAUAUGGAAGUCUCCCUGCUGCAGUUCGAAAAUCUGAUCUCUGGUUGCCCUAUGAUUGAGGACUUAAGGCUAAUAGAGAUACAAUGCUUUGAAUUGAACGAACUGAGUAUCUGCUCUCUAGACAAGCUGAGGCGAGUUGAUCACAUCUCGCGUGUGAUGGGUGGUAAAAAAACCACUAGGCUGCAAGCUGAACUUCUUGACAUUUAGUGUUUAAUUUUUUUAUAAAAUAAUAGGUUGUCCUAUGACACACUAUGACUACACGUGGGUCCGCCCCUGUAUGUAGUGAAUAGCAAAAUGACUUGACUAUAAAUAAACAUGCCCUUCUUUGGGAUGCUCUAAUUAUGGUUGAUUAAAAAAGGUUAGUGACUUGUGCUAUGAACAAGUUGAUAGCUGCUGUAUUAUGAACAAGAAAAGAGCUGAGUUUGUUUCCCUUUUUUUUUUUUUUUUUUUUUUGUUAAUCGUGCUUAGUCUUUUGAAUUGCUCGUUUCAGGCUACUUUGAUGUAGCUGUUUUGCUUUAGCGACUGCUUGCUGCUUUGUUGAGAUUGUCUGAGGUAUACGUUUGUUGUUCUCUAUCACACUAUCAAAGCUAUGGAGCCAUUUUUCUCUUGUUUUACUGUCUGCUGCCUUUUUGGGAGGUACAUUUCACAUAAUUUUCAUUUGUUCAUUUUUAUAUACAUAGAAUUGUUGAAAUGUGAAAGAUUCUCUGAUGUAGGAUAAGCCAUAGUUCAGCCAAUGGUUGAAGUAUUUAUUUUAGUGAUUUGGUUUAUUUGUGGGUUAAUUUUCAGUAUCCUUCAUUGCAGAAUCCCACUCCUUGGGUUGUACUUUCACUUCUUCCCAUUGUUGGAGGGGUGGCUCUUGCAUCUGUGACUGAAGCCUCUUUUAACUGGUCAGUGAGAUAACUUUCUGACAAGAUUUUGUGCUUUCUAUUUCCAAGGAUCCCGCUGGGUUUUCAGCAUGAGUAUUAUCUGAACCAUUUGCUUAAUAUGUUUUUGUUUUCAUGAAGGGCUGGUUUUUGGAGUUCUAUG